AUGACGUUCGCAGUUCUCCGCGCGCUGCAGACCAUCAUCGGCGAAGCCAUCGACGACAUCGAACGCGUCUAUUCCUCCGCCCACGUCCCCGCUCCCUCUCCCUUCCCCGCCCACCCGCACUCCUCACCCUCGUCCUCCUGCCCGCCCAGCCCCUUCUCCCUCUCCUCCGGCACAGACCCCGACGCCGACGCAGAUGGUGAAUGGGAACUGGAGUCUGCGCCGACGUCGCCACAGAGCCCCGCUUUUCCGAAUUUUCCGAUCCCGCCGCUCCUUCCUGGUUUUCAGCCUUCUCCUUCGCCCGAUCUUGCGACGGGGCCAGGUCUCAGGAGCGAAAGACUCCAUGACUCAGAACCGAAACAUCGACCGGAGCCCAUUUCCACCGGCCAUCCUCCCUCCACGCCCACUGCCCCCAACACCACCACAACCCCCCGUUCCCGCUUCCUCGCCACCCCCCGCGGCGCCACAUCAACCCCAAUAGAUCCCCCACCCAUCGACUUCCCGGACCUCGACGACGUCUACGCAAAGGACUCUCCCGGCGAGCAAUUACUGUCCCAUCCGGAUGUCGGCGGCGCGGUGUCGAGGAUCGUGGCGGCGGCGGGACAGAUGAGUGUGCUUGUGAGGACGCCAUUUUUGACGCUUUGUGAUGCGGGGAUGGGGUAUCACCUCCCCGCCUGCCUCCGCUUCAUGGAAGCCACGAACGUGCCCGAGAUCCUGCGCGAGGCCGGAAAGGAAGGCAUGCAUGUGGACGAGAUUGGGAAAAGGGUGAAGGGGGUGGAGGCGUGGAAGAUUAGCCACAUCCUCCGCCUACUAGCAACCCAUCACCUCCUGCGCGAAGUCGAGCCGGACGUGUUCGCGAAUAAUCGCGUGUCGAGCUUUUUGGAUACGGGGAAGGGAUGGGAGGAGGUUUUGGGGGCGCCGGAAAAGAAGUAUGAGAACACAGAGGGGGCCGCCGCGUUCGUCGCGCUGAACACGGACGAGCUGUUCAAAGCAUCCGCAUAUCUUACAGACUCGCUCCUCCCAGACCUUAUGCCCCGCGAAGACGAGAUCCUGAAAGAGCUCGAUCCGACCCCGAUAAACUCGAAGAUGCCCCGGACGCGCUCGCAUUACUGGGCGUGGCUCGAGGCGCGGGGAAAUGAGCGGAGGCUGGAGAGGUUCGGGAAGGCGAUGGGGGGGAGUAGAGGAUGGGAAGGGGAAGAUGAUGGGAUGGGGUCGUGGCCCAUGACCGCUUUACCGCCCAACUCGCUGAUUAUCGACGUCGGCGGCGGCAUUGGAUCCACGAGUAUGAAGCUUGCCGAAGGUUUCCCCGAGCUCAAGUUCGUCGUACAGGAUAGGGAGGCCGUCUGCGCCCUUGGGGUCGAGGCGUGGAAGGCGAGAUGUCCGGAGUUGCUAGAAGCCGGGAGGGCGGUAUUUCAAGUACAUGAUUUCUUCGCGUCUCAGCCGAAAAUGAUAGAAAGCGUGACGGGCAUCGCGAUGGGGCCUCCCGCGGCGUUCAUAUUGAGGGUUAUAUUGCAUGAUUGGCCCGAUGCGUUUGCGAGGAGGAUAUUGUUGCAGCUUAGGAAGGCGGCGUACGAGGGCGACGGAGACGAGGAUGAUGGCAGGCAGCCGACGUAUCUGAUCAUCGGAGAUCAUUUGUUGCCGUAUGCGUGUACGGAGUCGAGGACGGAGAUUAAGGGCGUGGACAAGUUGAGGGUCGUCAGAGGCGCGAAAUGGCCGCUCCUGGCGAAUCUGGGGAAGGCGAGUUCGAACGCUUAUUGGAUGGACAUGACCAUGCAAGUCACUUUCAACGGUCUCGAGCGUACCCUCACGGAGAUGAUCGCCCUCACCGCCUCUGCAGGCUGGAAGAUCGUACGUGUCGGUCGUGCCGAAGGCUCUCUGUUC